AUGGGUAGGGGUCGUCGUAUGAAGAAGCAGGGCCCUCCGGCCCCGCUCGAUGAGUCUAAGAUCACUAUGCUCAAGAAGCGCAAGGCUGGUGAGACUGUAUCGAAGGCGGAAGCGGGCAAGAAGCGGAGAAGAGCCGAAGUUGAGGAGGAGCCUCUGAAGGAAGCGCCGAAGAAGAAGGUCAAUGCUGCUGUUACUAGCAAGAGCAAGAAGGAGGUUGCUGCGCCAGAGACUAAGGGCAAGAAGAAAGCUACGGAACAGAAGAAGCCCACUUUUAUGGAAUCGAGUGAUGAGGAGGAAGACGAGGAGAUGUCGGAUCUUGACAACGAGGAAAUGUUGGAUGAUGAGUUCGGUGAUCUCGAUGGCGUUAGCGAUGGGUCAAUGGACAGCCAGGAUGAGAAUGAUUCAGAGAAUGAUGACUCGAUUAUGGAUUCGGACGAGGAAGACCAUCCACGCCAGGCGAUGUUCUCCGAUGACGAAGAUCUUUCCGAUGCGGAAGAGAAGUUGACGGCAGCCAACAUUGAGGGACUGUCCCGGAAAUUGGAUCUGGAGAAGGAGGCCGAAGAGGAAGAAGCAGAACGCGAAUUACAGGAAUCCGCCAUGCAGACAAACAUCGCCGGUGACCGUCCAGAUGUGUUUGCGGACGGCGAAGGAUCCGGCCCAGGCCUGGCUCCUGACCUGCAGCUCCUCCGUACAAGAAUCACAGACACUAUCCGUAUUCUGGGUGACUUGAAGACAUUGGGACAGACUGGAAAGUCUCGCACCGAUUACGUAUCGCUGCUUUUGAACGACAUCUGCACUUACUACGGAUAUACGCCAUUCCUCGCAGAGAAGCUAUUCAACCUUUUCACACCUAUGGAGGCUUUCGCCUUUUUCGAAGCCAACGAAACCCCUCGUCCUGUUGUCAUCCGUACCAACACACUGCGCACCAACCGUCGCUCCCUGGCUCAAGCGCUUAUCAACCGUGGUGUUGUGCUCGAGCCCGUCGGCAAGUGGUCCAAGGUUGGUCUCCAAGUAUUCGAGUCUGCCGUUCCUCUUGGUGCCACUCCAGAGUACCUGGCUGGUCACUACAUCCUUCAAGCUGCAUCUUCCUUCCUCCCUGUCAUGGCAUUGGCGCCUCAACCUAACGAGCGAGUCCUCGAUAUGGCCUCUGCGCCCGGUGGUAAGACUACAUACAUCUCCGCAUUGAUGCGCAACACAGGUUGUGUGAUCGCCAACGAUGCCAGCAAGCCCCGUGCCAAGGGUUUGAUCGGUAACAUUCACCGUCUCGGAUGCAAGAACACCGUCGUGACCCACCUCGAUGCCCGCACAGCCUUCCCCAAGGCCAUGGGUGGUUUCGACCGCGUCUUGCUCGAUGCUCCCUGUACCGGUACUGGUGUUAUCUCCAAGGACCCUGCUGUCAAGACAUCCAAGACCGAACGCGACUUCCUCGCCAUCCCCCACAUGCAGCGCCAGCUGCUUCUCGCCGCCAUUGACUCCGUCGACCACUCCUCGAAAACAGGCGGUUACAUCGUCUACUCUACCUGUAGUGUAACAGUUGAGGAGAACGAGGCCGUCGUCCAGUACGUCCUGCGCAAGCGCCCCAACGUGAAGAUCGUCGACACCGGCCUGGGUGACUUCGGCAGUCCCGGUUUCAAGGAAUACAUGGGCAAGCACUUCGAUGCCAAGAUGACCAUGACCCGUCGCUACUUCCCCCACCGCGAGAACGUCGACGGUUUCUAUGUCUGCAAGUUGAAGAAGACCGGACCCAGCCCCACAGACAAGAAGCCCGAGGGCGAGGGCGCUUCCGAGCCCAAGUCCUCUGAGGCUCGCGCUACCCCUAAGUCCGACGACGAAGACGCCAUCGACAAGACCCCCAUCACCGACGAUGACGGUAACGUCAUAGAAGCCGAGGGUGGCUCCUUCGGUCCCUUCGAGGACAACGAUGACGCCGAUCGCAUCGCCCGUGCUGAGCGCAAUCGCCUCCGCAGAAAGGGUAUCAACCCUAAGGCCGUCCUCAACAAGCCCAGCAAGAAGUCGAAGUCCGAGCCCGAAUCCACGGAAGAAUCCAAGGAUUCCGACUCUGCCCCAGAACCGAAGAAGAAGACCACCGCCACUACCCCAGAGAAAGCAAAGAAAGCCCAGAAGAACAUCAAGCCCAAGAACCAAGAGUCUACCACUCCUGAGAAGAAAUCCGAAGCUUCUACCCCUGAAAAGAAGAAGUCCAAACCUCAAGCCUCUACGACGGACAAGAAAAAGGCUAAGAAGUCGACCAAGUAG